GAAAAAAUGGCGGUGUUAAAAGCAACAAAACUUCUUAUCGUAAUAGCUUUGAUUUUGCCUUGUGUUUCUACUGUUGAUUGGCUUAAGCAAUCCAAAAAAGAUCUUCUGUCUCUUCGAGGGUCUUUUACGAACCAAAAGGCAGACAUUCUCUUUUUGCUUGACUCCUCGGGUAGUCUCGCUUAUCACGAGUUUUUACUUGAAAAAAAGUUUAUUACAAAUUUACUGAAUUUGAUCUCAGUCGGGUACGAAGCGACCAGAGUUGAAGUGAUUCCCUUCCACGACUCCGCCUACAGAUACAUCAAGUUUAUCUCCGAGCCUGGCCGCUCAAAGAACAAAUGUUACUUCAAUGAACGUUUCAAUCAGUUACGCUUUGAAGCAGGAAUGACGAACAUGAGAGACGCAUUCCAACGCGCCAUCGAUGUCUGCCUCGGGAAGUAUCAAGGGGUAAAAAGAUCCCCCAUGAGUCAAUUCAAGACGGUUGUCAUCCUCCUCACCGAUGGUUACUGGAACUGGCCGUGGCGCGAUUCAAGUCCAAUUUCUAGAGCUCAGCAGUUGAUCCAAAAUAAAGCGGAAGUUUUCGCGAUAGGCGUUGGAAGCGGCGUUCAAUUUGGAAACCUACAAGCUCUGGUUGCAAACCAGGGCCCAAAAGAACAUGCCUUUCACUUGAGCAACUUUAAUGAGUUCAAUGAGUUGGCAACGUAUAUUCGAGGAGAUCCUUACCAGAAGGUGUGGGAAACAGUUGAUGUUCCGAAAUCCAAGUGUAACAACAAGUGUGAUGGACAUGCUAAGUGCGCAUGCGGACUGGUGUAUGGCGAUUACAAGUGUUCGUGUCCAGCAGGCAUGGCUGGAUCCGGUACAAAUGGAGAUUGCCAACGUUGCCCUAUUGGAACAUACAAAAAGUACGCUGGAUACGCCAAGGCGUGCACUAAAUGUCCAGAGUUCUCUACAAAUAACAAACCAGGAAGUAUAAGUCACCAAGAUUGCACAUGUAAACCUGGCUAUUUUGGACAACCUGAAUUGCUUCAACCUUGUCAACCUUUGUCAUGUCCUAAACGAGCAGUGCCGAGUAAUGGGUUGAUUGUUGGAGGAAACUGUAAAAAUUUAUUUGGUAGUGAAUGUGAAUUCCAAUGUAAAGAAGGAUUUAAAAUGAAAGGAACUGCAAAGCAAACAUGUAAUCAAGUCAAGUCCCCAACAAAGGUUGAUUGGAAUACAGAUCCAAUCAUUUGCGAAGAAAUAACAUGCAGCAGUUUAGCAGUACCCAAAUCUAAAUCUCAAACAUGUGUGGACCAUAACGGAAAACCUGCAUCGUCGAUGAGUUACCGAGUAAAGUGCACCUUUAUAUGCUUACGAGGGCAUCGACCUUCUGGAGAUUUAGAGAGAACCUGCCAAAUUAAUGGUCAAUGGUCGGGCACUGAGGCAAAAUGUACUGAGGUUCGAUGUCCCAAGCUGAGUAAAGUAGCUGUUGGCCAAUACAAACCAGUAGAUCUAAAGUGCGACGAGCAAUCCCAACGAUUUGAUACUGACUGUCAACAUGAGUGUCCCUCUGGUUACAACAUGCACCCAGGAAAAAAAUCUGACCGAGUCAACUCGCGAGUUUGCAACUACGAGAAUGGUACUUGGAACGGACAACAACGUGUUUGUAAAGAUCACGAAGCACCAGUUCUAUCCUGCCCGAAAGACCAGACAUUAGACAACGACAAAGGAAAAAGUACAGCAACAGUAAAUUGGAGUUUUAGUUUUACGGACAAUUCCAUCACUGCCGGUGCUCCAGGUGUAUCAAAGGAUAAAUUCACGGUUGAGAUUACGAUAGGGAGCGUUAAAUACAGUGAAAAACCUAAAGAACUUGAAAUUGGUACUCACACAGUGGUUUACAACGUGACUGAYCUUGAUGGUAACUGGGACAAGUGCACGUUUUACGUCACGGUCUUAGAUGUUGAGCCGCCAACCUGUGAAUUUUGUCCUAAAAACCAAGACCUUGAAUUAACCAGUGGCAAUGCAGUUAGACUGAACUGGGACAGUCCAAGAUGUUCCGAUAACUCAGGAAAGGAUCCAUCCAUUCAGCCGAACAAGAGGAAAGGAAUUGAGGURAARCCACCYGCAAUUGUCACCGUGGAAUAUACCGUGGCUGAUGAAGCUAAACCAGAAGCUAAUGUCUACAGGAAUUGCAGUUUUACCAUCAAACUCACUGUCCCUGGAUGCAAAGCGUAUGCACCUCCAAAGAAUGGCGCUAGUAGAUGUUUUGAGUGGCAGGGAACUCUUCAGUGUACUAUAGCAUGCAACAAUAAAUUCGACUUCGUAUUCAAUCCCGCUCAAAAUUACAUGUGUGACAAGGGAAAAUGGACAACUUAUGGUAAUCCCAUGAUACCCUUCGUUGACAAACUGCCCUGGCCCGACUGCUCUUCGCGUGCCAACCCAAGUUUUGUUAAAUUGUCAAUGAAUCCUGUCUACUUCUACGACGGAGACUGCAAUGAUCCAAAUGUUCAAAUGAAAUUGAAGCAAGGUUUCAUGGCUCAGCUAAGUCCCCCAAACUCACCUCCAUUUUUUUGUGUAAUGAAUCCGCAAUGUAACGCACAAAACGUGAAGAUCCACUGCGGCGUAAUGGACGCCUCYGCGAGAAGAAAACGACGAGCAACAACUAAGCAGGUAUACUUCAAACUAAAAUACGUCGAGAAAUCAAACUUGGUCCAGGCCGGUAGCGAUGACGCCGAUAACCAGAAAAAGUUUGACAUCUCGAAAGCUGAGGUCGARAAGAAGAGACAACAAGUCUACAACAGUCUGAAUAAGGUGGAUUGGAAUGCAUUCAAGGUCAAGACAGGUCUUGAUCUCGGCGGAGGCGCUGAAAAGUUAAAUUUGAAGCAUGCUGACGGGUACUGCUCGGAGAGCGGUGGUGUAGUGCGAAAGUGCAAGCAAUUUGAGCUUCAAUGGUUCAAAAAGUGUAACCAGGACAAAGGGGAAAUUACAAAGUGCAUCCGCUGCCCAGUUGGUACGUAUUACCACGCCGAUGACGAAAAAUGCAAGAUUUGUCCCGAGGGACAGUUCGUAAAUAUUGAGGGGGCGCUCGCAUGCAAUCAUUGCCCUCCUGGAACAUGGACCUUUGGGGACAAAAAAGAAAACUUCACUUCUUGUCAAGCCGAAUGUGGACCAGGAUAUUUCUCUAAUACGGGAAUAGCACCAUGCAUGCAGUGUCCAGCCGGCACUUACUCAGAUCAAAGAAGAAAUACCAAUUGUACAACAUGUCCUACUGGUACAACAUCGGUAGCCGCCAUGUCAAAAAGACUCGAGGAUUGUGGAAUGAUAUGUGCYCCUGGUACUUAUUCCAGUAACGGCGUUGAACCAUGUAGUCCAUGUCCCAUUGGAACAUAUCAGAGUGGUUCUGGCAAAAACUUGUGUCUACCGUGUCCAGCAAGGCUUUCUACCUAUGGUACUGGUUCUUCGUCAACAGCUAAUUGUUUUGAGGUCAAUGACUGUGUAUCAAGCCCGUGCAACAACAAUGGACAAUGUAUCGACACCAAGGAGUCUUAUCGAUGUGAGUGUCCUUUUGGUUUUACUGGUAAGAACUGCGAAGAAGAGGUCGACGAGUGUUCAACGAAUCCUUGCUUUGGUAGCGCUACUUGUAUUGAUAAGAUUGGCAGCUAUAUAUGUUUGUGUCCAGAGGGAUACACGGGUGAGAAAUGCAAUCAAGCGAUCAAGACUUGUCAGACUAAAAACCCCUGUGUUCGUGGUACGUGCGUGGAAAAUGGAGCUGGAACACAAUGCGUCUGUCCAAUCGGUUUCGAGGGACAGUUCUGUGAGAGAAAUACCGAUGAAUGCGCAAGCAAUCCUUGCCAAAACAAGGCAGUGUGCAUUGGCGCUGUUGAUAGUUUUCGAUGUUAUUGUCGAGCUGGAUACUCAGGAAAAUUGUGUCAGUUCAACAACGACAACUGCUUCAACGAUCCAUGUAAAAAUGGCGGGAAAUGCAUCGAUGGCGAGCAAUACUACACGUGUCAAUGUCAACCCGGAUAUACUGGCGYCAACUGCGAACACGAGAUUGACGAGUGUCAAUCAAGUCCUUGUCAAAAUGGAGGAAUUUGUACUGAUAAAGUAAACGACUUUAAGUGCGACUGUAAGCCUACGUUCACUGGCAAACGUUGCGAAAAGAAACUCCUAUCAGAUUUCGAUCUGGCUUUYCAAGACCGAUCAAGUCCCGCGUAUGCAGAAAUCGAAAAAGUCAUCCCAGAUCUGCAUGUAUUCACUGUAGCUAUGUGGGUAMGAACCACUGACACAAACCCCGGAGUACCGCUAUCGUACGCUUGCAUGGACGCCGGAAAGAAACAAGACAACGCCCUAGUGAUCCAAGACCUCAGCGGUAUCAACCUAAUCAUCAACAACCAAACGGCAUUCCUAGGGGUCGAUAUCAMCGAUGGCUUUUGGCAUCAUUUUGCAGUUUACUGGCAUAGUGGCUCAGGACAUUGGAACGCCUUCCUGGACGGUUCAAAGUUUAGAAGCUCAUCUGAACCUUUCCAGAAAGGUCAAGUCAUCCGAGGCGGWGGUGUAAUGAUUGCUGGRCAAGAGCAAGACGACAUCGACGGAGGAUUUAACGCUGAAGAGAGCUUCCUGGGWGAUAUUAGUCAGAUGAACGUGUGGAGCCGUAUUCUUACUGAUAAUGAGAUCUAUAACUUGGCACAGACUUGUGACGCUGCACAGGGCGAUGUUGUGGCUUGGCCGGACUUUAGGGAAAACCUUUUUGGUGUUUACAGUGUUACGCCCUUGUCGUAUGCCUGUAGAUUCGACAACGUAUUACGCUACACCACUGUGAUGUAUAACGCAAGUAUUUCACAACACAACAAGGUUAUCUCAUCAACCUCGCCUCAAGCCUGCGCKGCCAGCUGUGACGUAGAGACGUCGUYCUUGUGUCGAUCGUUUAAUUUCGACAAGAGAUCUAAAAAGUGCUAUCUGAGUACAAAACAUGCCGUAAAUAACCUUGUUARAGAGGAUGCCAGUAAUACGUUUGAUUACUACGAACUUAAUUGUGCUGGUCCUUUGGGAGUGUACAGCAACAAGAUCAUUCCAGACAGUCAAAUGUCUGCCUCAACAUCUCAUGACAGUYUUCACGCCGCCAAAUAUGGYCGUCUUGACGUCACAGCCCUUUUCAAUUCCAAUGGACACAAAACUUCGGUUGGGGCCUGGUGCGCAAGAAAUCUAGAUUCGAAUCAAUGGCUACAAGUAAAGUUCAAUAAUAUGAUGAGAGUUUCAGCUGUAACCACGCAAGGAAGAGAAGAUUMCGCUCAAUGGGUYACRUCAUACGAUUUACAGUAUAGCGGUGACGGUAACUCGUGGUCGAACUAUGGCAGACUGAGUGGGAACUCUGAUCAAAAAACCAAGGUCCGGCACGAGUUACGCGUGUUUACCGCGCGUUACGUAAGAUUUAGACCAAAAUCUUAUCACGGGCAUAUUUCUAUGAGAGUUGAAGUACAUGGAUGUCCACUACGAAAAGUUAAGCUUGGCGACUCRGUUAACGAGUGCAACAACGGACCUUGUUACAAUGGAGGAAGGUGUUUCAACAGAUACAAUGGCUACCUGUGUGUCUGUGGGAGAGGCUUUACAGGAACACGAUGUCAGACAGCUAUCCCAUGCCGUGAUCCCGGUACUCCAAUCUAUGGGACAAAGUCCUCUACCAACUACAACCAUGGAAGUACGAUAACGUUCGCWUGUAAAACUGGAUAUAGAAUCACUGGUUCUUCAUCCAGAAGAUGCGAGGGUGGCGUAUGGACUGGAACUCAGCCAACMUGCGAUGAUAUAAAUGAGUGUUCUUCAAACCAUGGCUGUCCUCAGCUCUGCCACAACACCAUUGGAAACUUCAUUUGCGCAUGCUCACCUGGAUAUAAACGGUCGGGCGGAUCUUGUAUUGACAUUAAAGAGUGCAGCAUUGACAAUGGUGGAUGCAGCCAUACCUGYCACGAGAGGGCUGGCGGRUUUACGUGUACUUGUCCUAGUGGUWUGAUGUUGACACCUGGUAAACGAAGUUGUGUGGAUAUUGACGAAUGCGCCAGUAAUAACGGUGGAUGCCAACACACCUGUGAGAACACUCUUGGUUCGUUUAAAUGCUUUUGUAACAAAGGAUACUCUUUGAAUAGCAACAAAAGAGCCUGCGAUGCACUAUCCUGCCCAUCCCUACCCCCUGUAAAUCAUGCCACCGCACAAAUCAGUAGCCUCCUUGUGGGAAGAACUGCUCGAUACACGUGUAACGCUGGUUAUCGAGCCAUUGGGUCAACUAGACGAGAGUGUCUUGCCGACAGAACUUGGUCGGGAGUACAACCACGGUGUGAACGUGUAUACUGUAGAGAAGUUGGCCAGGUCCCCAAUGCUGCUCGCUCUCUGAUUAAGUACUUUAAUUCUCGAGCAGUCGUCGRAAGUAUUGCUCGAUUUACUUGCAAUGCUCAUCACGUGAUGCAAGGGUCACGUGACCGUGUCUGUCAGAAUGAUGGCCAGUGGAGUGGGGAAUUACCUCGAUGUAUACCUGCGUUCUGUUCUAAGCUGAGUACCCCAGCACAUGGCACGGURCAAGGUUACCGAUUUGAACUAGGAGCAACUCUUCGUACCACUUGCGCGACGGGCUAUGAGCUGAAUCCACCAUCAUCAUCGUUUAGAACUUGUCAGAAGWUAUCUUCAGGAGGUGGAAAAUGGUCCGGUCAGGAUCCUGUUUGYCAGUUGAUCGAUUGUAAGGACCCAGGGCCACCAUACGGUGGAUAUCGUCAUAUUCCCGGUGGAACGAAAUACAAAGCUACCGUUACAUACACCUGUAAGCCACAGCACCACCUUCAAGGCAAGCCGUCCCGAGUCUGUCAGAGUAAUGGCAAAUGGAGUGAUGAAAAGCCUGUAUGUUUGGAGAGGUCAUGUGGAUAUCUUGAAGUGCCAGCCAACGGCAAGAAGAACGGCUAUGGUCAUCAAUACGGCGAGUCAGUAACAUUCCAAUGUGAUAAAGGGUAUCGACUKGUUGGUUCUUCCAAACUCACUUGUCAAAACAAUGGUCUAUGGACUUCACCCAUGCCAAAAUGCCAGAUUGUUAGCUGUGGUGACCCUGGUAUCCCAACCAACGGUAGACGAUUCGGUGAUAAAUUAACUUAUAAGAGCUCGGUGUAUUUUGAGUGCAGUCCUGGAUAUAAACUAGUUGGUUCUAUGCAGAGAGAGUGCCAGGAUAGCGGUGCUUGGAGUGAUACACAGCCAAAAUGUGUUGCUUCUAGUUGUGGUACUCUACGUGUUGGACCCAGUGGAGWAAUMACCUCACCMAAUUACCCAUCGAAYUAUAACAACAACGACUAUUGUACAUGGGAAAUUAAAGUUCCAGUCAACAAAAAGGUUCGUCUUGAUUUCCAAGACUUUAAAACAGAAAGCGGCAAAGACUUUUUAAUGGUCUACGACACUGGAAAACCAUUCUCAACYRUCUAUUUCGAUGGCUCAACRUACUURCCUGGGUCAUUCACGUCCUCUGGGAAUAGUCUUCGUUUAAGGUUUAUAUCCAAUGGUCAGAACACAUUGGCAGGAUUUAAAGUCCCCUACGCACACAACAUUGAUUGCGUUUGGCUGAUUUCAAGGCCUUCUGAGACGAUUGAAAUAACCUUCCUCGACUUCGACACCGAAAUAACUCAUGACUACUUAGCUAUAACUUUAGACAGACAACAGAUCAAGGGCAAAACGUACGAGUGGUCGGGACAGGGGACACCGCUAUCCCCUUUCAAGAGUCAAGGGUUCAUGUGGCUUCGAUUCAAGACCAGUUCAAGAAACAGCCAUGGAAAGUCGUACAAGGGUUUCAGAGGAAAGUAUUACAAACACAACCCUUACUUGAACAAGAAGAAGAAGAAAUAAACGCUGUAAAACAAUGUAGUUGGGAAUAAAGAUGAAAUUUUAACCCCGAAUUAAAUGGAGACAAAGAUU